UCUUUCCUCCUCCUCCUUGUUUUUGGGUUUGUUUUUGUUUUUCUUGUUUUGAGUAUGCUUAUCCUUACCCUCCUCCUCGUCUUGAUGCCCCGCCUGAACCAGUAAUUCCAUCUGGGUCGACGGACUUGGGCGGUUUUCCGGCCUCCAACACGACCCAAGAACACUUGGGGACCCAAGUUCCGCCGCCUGCUGAAUCAAUGAUUCAAAUUCUCGAUCAUUUUGAUGCGGCCGCUGACACCACCGCCGAGCCUUCUAAAUCAGUGGCCCAAGCUCAUCCUCCUCAUCCUCCUGUUGAUGCCUUGCCUGAACCAGUAAUUCCACGCAAUGCUCAGCAACAAGACCUAGGAUUGCCGAAGCUAGUUUUAGCGUUCUGCUUGACAGCAGCUUUUGAAAUCGCCUUUCGAUCCGUCCAGACUCGUAAACACUACCCUAUAACCUUCCAAUUGCUGUGUCUCUUAAUGGUGUUUGCACUCGCUUUUCUCGUUGUUGCUAAAUACAUCGUUGCCACGUACCCAAAAUCAGGCCGCUUGCUUGAGCACGCUGGACUACUCUGUGGAGUUACCGCUUUCUUUGCGGCCAUCACCGUCUCUUUCUCUCUCUGCCUCAAGCUCAUUUCCUGGAUGGGAUUGGAAAUAAGCAAAGAACCAUGAAAUGGAAUAACAGGUACACAAUACAUGUCUUGUUCUUGAACUUUAUGUUCUCUCUUAUUUAUUUGUAUGUAUGCUUCUUGAACUUGUAUUCACUAGUUAAUUGUUUCAAAUAUAUUCUUCAAAUUUGCAUAACAGUCAUUCUCUAUUUUUUUCACCUUCAUUCUCUUCGUCUCUUUCACUUUCCAAUGCCGACCAGUACUCCAUUGCCCUCCAUAGCCAUCGCCCACCCCUUCUCCAACCUCCACAACCAUUGUCACCGCUAUGGAGGGC